UAUGCCUGAAAAAUACAAUUAAGAACAGAAAGUCGAGAGUGCGGUAUGGUUCGCAUUACGCAAUUAAAAGGGCGGGUGAAACACACAUGGGAAUUUUCAAAAAAUUUCUGUAAAAUCUCAUCCGCCUUGGGGACAAGCGUUAACGAAUUAGGCCAGAGUUUGGCCAAGCGAUGAUAAUAUUGGCACGGCUGUACAAACCACUUGGUAGUCGUAGCAUGUCAGUGCUUACUAAAACCAUCUACGUGAAGCCUGUUUGAUUUUCCGAUCGGGUAGCUAAUAGCAGGAAAUGGCGGCCUUCGAAGAACCAGCAGUUUGGAUUUGGUUGGUUAGUAACGUUUUCGUCGUUACACUGCAAAGAACUCGCGUCGCCCCGCGAACGUUCUCUCAGAAUGAGUAAAAACCGCGGCGAGAACGUAUAAAAUCGCACAGGUGCACAAUAGGUAUUCCUCACGCGAAUGCAAUUUGCUUAAAACAGUUAAAAAAUUCUGCAACGGGCCGGUUUGAACGAGAGAAUUAAAAAAAAAAAAAAAAACAACAAGUAACAGAAAGAAUAAAUCGCAAAAAAGAACCAAAAUUAAACAUUGUCAAAUCAUCCGCGUAGCAGAAUAUCUUGCAAUUAAUUAAACCACGCUACGUAACGUCCGAUUGAAAUUUAGCUAAACAUGUCAGAGAAUUGCACUGAACCGAAAUUCUCAGACUCUUUAUAGCCGUCACAACGCGACCGGAGCUUUUCGGCGUCCGACCAUUACUGCAGUUACCACUGUGAACCAAGACGAAAGGAGACAAGCCGAUUUCGCCUGAGUCAAUCCGAAUAUACUCGAAUAGCAAGCAUUUCGAGGAUGUCUUUUAGCACCAAGGAUGCAAUGAGGGUUAAAGAAAGUCCAAUGUCAAACGUUUGCACACCAACACCGAAGCUUUGUAACAAUACAGAAUUGGGCCAAUGGUGGCACUGAAAGACAUCGCUAUGUUCGAAAGAAGGUUCCUAAACGCAGUAGCUAAACAUGUACGGGUUAAUCCUGGAAAAUUUGUCCGAGUAUAUAAAGCAAGUGUACGGCGAAGAUCGUUGGGAAGAGAUUCGUCGACAGGCAGCAGUAGAGCAGCCCAGCUUCAGCGUUCACCAGGUUUACCCUGAGAACCUGAUACCUCGAUUAGCCAAAAAAGCCAUUCAGGUACUGGGAAUUACGGAGAAGGAAUUCUUCGAUCAGAUGGGCGUCCACUUCGUCGGAUUCGUAGGGCAGUACGGCUACGAUCGAGUUUUGUCGGUUCUCGGUCGUCACGUAAGAGAUUUCCUCAACGGUCUGGACAACCUUCACGAGUACCUAAAGUUUUCUUACCCUCGAAUGCGAGCCCCGUCCUUCAUCUGCGAAAACGAAACCCGCCACGGUUUGACACUUCACUACAGAAGCAAAAGGCGGGGAUUCGUCUACUACACGAUGGGUCAGAUUCGCGAGGUGGCUCGACAUUUUUACCACAAGGAAAUGCGGAUCGAACUCGUCCGCGAAGAAGUUCUCUUCGACACCGUCCACGUCACCUUCAACCUUACGUUCGACAACCGGGCUUUUACGUACGCCUCUCUUGCCAUGACCCGGGAAGAAAAGCACCUGCCAAUCGGGGCCUCGGUUCUCUUCGAGAUAUUUCCGUUCUGUAUUGUAUUCGGGUCUGACAUGGUAGUUAGAAGCCUGGGAAACUCCUUGAUGGUAAUUCUGCCCGAACUUCUCGGGAAAAAGAUCACGCACUGGUUCGAUCUAGUGAGACCAUUGAUCGCCUUUAAAUUUCAAACCAUACUGAACCGCACAAACAACAUUUUCGAACUGCUUACCGUUGAGCCGGUGCUUACCGAGCGACCACCGGACCGCCGUAAGAAUGAAAUUAUGCUAAGCGACGCAAUGGAAAAUCCCGAAGAGAAAACGUUGAGGUUAAAAGGUCAAAUGAUUUACAUGGACAAUUGGAGGAUGAUGAUGUACCUAGGAACACCGGUGAUGCCGGAUCUGAACGCGCUGAUAACCACCGGACUUUACAUAAACGAUUUAUCGAUGCACGACUUCAGCAGAGAUCUGAUGCUCGCCGGAACUCAGCAGUCGGUUGAACUCAAGCUGGCACUCGACCAAGAACAACUCAAAAGCAAAAAGCUCGAGGAGUCGAUGAGGAAGCUCGACGCCGAGAUGAAACGAACGGAUGAACUGCUCUAUCAAAUGAUACCGAAACAAGUAGCUGACCGACUUAGAAACGGCGAAAGUCCGAUAGACACGUGCGAAAUGUUCGACUCCGUAUCGAUUCUCUUUUCGGACGUUGUUAGUUUCACCGAAAUAUGCAGCCGGAUCAGUCCGAUGAAAGUCGUUUCAAUGCUCAAUGCUAUGUACUCGAUAUUCGACACCCUCACCGAGAGAAAUCGCGUGUACAAGGUUGAAACCAUCGGUGACGCCUACAUGGUGGUUUCCGGAGCACCGGACAAGGAACACGAUCACGCCGAUCGAGUCUGCGACAUGGCUUUGGACAUGGUGGAAGCGAUAACCGAUCUCAAGGAUCCGUCCACAGAUCAGCAUUUGCAAAUUCGUGUCGGUGUGCACAGUGGCGCGGUGGUCGCUGGUAUUGUCGGAUUAAAAAUGCCGCGUUACUGUCUGUUCGGAGAUUCGGUGAACACCGCGUCGCGAAUGGAAGCAACGAGCGAAGCGAUGCAGAUCCACAUAUCGCAGCCGACCAAAGAGCUUUUAUCCUCGUCGUACAAGGUUACGGAACGUGGGGAGAUUCAGGUGAAAGGUAAAGGCUCGAUGAAAACCUAUUGGCUGGAGAAGCGGGAAGAGCGUUCGCAGAUGACCAAAGGUAUCUCGAUCUGCGAGCCACCCCAGUGGCAGAAUUGUGCGGUGAAAAAACGCAUGUCGAUCGGCGUUGUCGGUUCGGGCCUCAGGAACGAACGGAAGUCGGAAAACAACUCGGCGUCGACGAGGACCUCCAGGGUUUCUUCCCCGGCACCGGCCAGUUCGAAUUCCGGCAUAUUGUGCGAGGACAGGCGAAUCUACUCGCCGAUUACCUUCCAGGACGUCGCGCAACGAUCCGUUGCAAAUUCGCCGAUAAAGAGCGUCGACAUUAAAGGUUUCCGUUCGAAUUCCGUAGGUGCUGUAUCGGCGAUCGUCCGGAGUCCUGCGGAUAUAUUUGGUUCCCUUUUGUCGGACACCGAGGAGCAUUUCCGUUUGCACAGGGACAGCGCGACGUCCCCGCAACUCUGUAACGCCGACACGAGGUCCUUAACGUCGUCCAAGAGUGAUCGUACCAGGGGUAAAUUGACCCCGGACGAAGAGGUCAAGGGUCACGUAAGGGAUACGUCGAACUUCAACUUGAACUCCGCCGGCGGAUUGGCCGGGAUUCCAAGUUGCGAAUUCUCCCUCGUCGCUGACCCAGAUGCUCCCGACAGUAGAAAUUUGCCUAUUAAUCAGGACCAAUGCUGCCCGGGUUUCGCUCUUACCAAAAGCGGCAAACCGCGGCAUCAAAGCAACGCCUGCGUUAUUUUUUAAAUCGAUAAAACAUUUGUUAUAUUUAAUAUAUGUGUAAGAUACAUAUAUCACGGAUUUCAGAUUAUAGCUCGAUAUUUCACUUGAUUGUUUUUUUUUUUUUUAGAUUCUUUUAUCUUAUCUUAUCUUUCUCUGUCUCGGUAGAUUCUUUUUUCCGCCUAUCAAAAUAAUCGACAUCGUUCAAGUGAUAUGUAGCAAAUCUUAUUCUAAUUGCCGUGUUUUAGUUUACUAUUCUUUUUUUUUCUCGUUCUUCUUGUUGUUGCUGGUUUGUUUUUUUUUCACCAUCUCUCUCUAUUAGAACACUCAAAUUCAGACGUAUAAUAUAACGUACCGUUCAUCUUGAUCGGGGGAGAAUAUAUUUAUACAAGGAUAUUAGAUCGUUAUCGACGAUAUCAGACUGCAUGUAUUGUGUAAACUAUAAUAUAUUAUAUAUACCAGUUGAUGUGUGUAUAUUAAAUUGGAUUGAUUAAUAAUACGCCGCGUGUAAAAUUCUCGUGUGAAUAAUCGAGCCGGGGGAAAAGACGUAUUUUAUGCAAUAGUUACGAAAAAUUGUAUGUAUUAA